AUGGUCAAAGCCGUCGUUGCAGGUGCCUCCGGAGGCAUUGGUCAGCCAUUGUCCCUCCUCCUCAAGGCCAGCCCCCUCAUUGACGAGCUCGCUCUCUACGAUGUCGUCAACACCCCCGGUGUCGCUGCUGACCUCUCCCACAUCUCCUCUCCUGCGACCGUCACUGGCUUCCUCCCCAAGGAUGACGGACUCAAGCAGGCCUUGACCGGCGCCGACAUCGUCGUCAUCCCCGCUGGAAUUCCCCGCAAGCCCGGCAUGACCCGUGACGAUCUCUUCAAGAUCAACGCCGGCAUCGUCAAGGGCCUCAUCGAGGGCAUCGCACAGUACGCCCCCAAGGCCUACAUCCUCGUCAUCUCCAACCCCGUCAACUCGACCGUCCCCAUCGCCGCCGAGGUUCUCAAGAACGCCGGCGUCUUCGACCCCAAGAGGCUCUUCGGCGUCACCACCCUCGACGUCGUCCGCGCCGAGACCUUCGUCGCCGGCAUCACUGGCGAGAAGAACCCCCAGAACCUCAACAUCCCCGUCAUCGGCGGCCACUCCGGUGCUACUAUCGUUCCUCUCUUCAGCCAGGCCCAGCCCUCUGUCAGCAUCCCCGCUGAGAAGCUCGAUGCUCUCGUGAACCGUGUCCAAUUCGGCGGUGACGAGGUCGUCAAGGCCAAGGACGGAGCAGGCUCUGCCACUCUCUCCAUGGCCUACGCCGGUUUCCGCUUCGCCGAGAAGGUCAUCAAGGCCGUGAAGGGCGAGAAGGGCAUCGUCGAGCCCAGCUUCGUCUACCUCCCCGGUGUUGCCGGCGGUGAUGCCAUUGCUAAGGCCACCGGCGUCGACUUCUUCUCCGUCCCCAUCGAGCUUGGCGCCAACGGUGCCGAGAAGGCCAUCGACGUCGUCAGCAAGGCCAACGAGCAGGAGAAGAAGCUUUUGGAGGUCGCCUACAAGGACCUCCAGGGCAACGUCCAGAAGGGCAUUGACUUUGUCAAGAACCCGCCUCAGAAGUGA